UUUUUUCAGACGACAGUCUGUUAUUUUUUAAGGCCACAGUCCAAGAAGCUGAAACUGUUAAAAGUUGUCUUGUGUCUUAUGAGCGUAUGUCGGGGCAGUCAGUAAAUUUUGAUAAAUCAUGCAUCGUUUUUAGUAGAAAUACAGGAGAUGAGAGGAAGAAUGCUGUGGCUGCAGUUUUUAAUAUGGCACAUUUUGGUAACAUUGGGAAAUAUCUCGGUCUGCCAAUGGGUAUUGGUCGCAAAAAGAAGGAAGUAUUCUCCUAUAUUGAAACUAAACUCCUUCACAUGCUAUGUGGAUGGAAUAAGAAGGUCUUGUCAAGGGCCGGGAAAGAGGUUCUACUAAAAAGUGUUGCUCAAGCAUUACCCACUUACACUAUGAGUAUGUACUACCUCCCGAUUACUUUUUGUGAACGGAUUGAGAGAAUUAUGAAUAUGUACUGGUGGGCAACGAGUGGCACUCGUGAAGGGGGCAUUUGGUGGAUGGCAUGGGGAAAAAUGUGUAGGCCGAAAGCAAGUGGUGGUUUAGGUUUCAAGUGCCUAACCAAGUUUAAUGUGGCUUUGCUUGCAAAGCAAGGUUGGCGACUGUUGACGCAACCUCUCUCACUAGCAGCACAGUUAUACAAAGCAAGAUAUUAUCCUCAUGGUGAUUUUCUUAAUGCCAAGCUUCUGUUGGAGAUCCAUUUUGGCAGGUCAGAACUUCCUUCGUCAGGGAUGCUACUGGCGAGUUGCACAGAACAAUAAUGGAAUGAAGGUCAGUGAACUGCUUGACCCUCUUUUAAAGGACUGGAACACUGCUUUAAUUAUGGAGUUGUUUGAGCCGCGUGAUGCAAAUCUCAUUUUAAAGAUUCCACUAGCUCCCCAAUUUGAUGAUAAAUGGUGUUGGAAAGGAGAUUUGAAGGGUUUGUACUCUGUCAAACAUGGAUACAGAAUGUUGCCAACUGACAGUGAGCACCUGUAAUUGGCUUCUAAUGGUGUUUGGAAGCUAAAGAUCCCUCCCCAUGUUCAGAACUUUUUAUGGAGGUUGUUUCAUUAUGGAAUGAUCUUUUGGAUUGCUCCCUACCUACAGAUGAUGAGGACUUUAUUGAUUGGUUGGCAGGGAUAUUAAAAGGCAAUUCUGUUGUGACAAAACUAAGCAGUAUAGCGAUGUGGUGGUGUAUAUGGAAGGAACGUAAUGAAGUGGUUUGGAAUCAGAAAACAUGGUCAAAGGUCAAAAUGGAUGUGCUGAGGUUGGUUCAUGAUUGGCAGCAACUGGAGGCUAAAAAUGGCCCGAGUCGAUGUUUGAAUGAUGCCCAUCUUGCGGAGGCGGUGGUUAUUAAGGAGGCACUCUCGUGGGUGAAGGAAAAGGGGUUAUACAAAAGUGAUGGUUUUUUUUUUUACUGUCAAUCUGUUUGCAAUCUGAUUAAUAGCCAUCAAGUGGACAUAUAUAUAAACUAA